UUUGAAUCUAUACAUCUUCUUUUUCACAAUGCCUCCAACAGGGAAAAAUAAUGUUGAGACUAUAAGUAUAUCCAAUCAAUCCAAGGUUGAAGCAGACACAAUGAUCCAUGAUAAAGGAGACGCUGUUUCAUCUGCUUCUCUUGAAAGCCAAGCCCAUGGGGAAGGAGGCUUAAAACGUAGUCUCAAAUCUCGCCAUUUGACUAUGAUCUCUCUUGGUGGUGUCAUUGGUCAAGGUCUUUUCUUGUCUUCAGGUGGAAAUCUGGCAGCGGCUGGCCCAGCUGGUUCUCUCAUUGCUUAUGCUAUCAUUGGUUUCAUCGUGUUCUGGGUUACCUUCUCAUUGGGUGAGAUGGCAACUUAUAUUCCUGUAUCUGGAUCAUUUACCAUCUUUUGCCGUCGUUUUGUGGAUGAUUCUUUUGGAGCUACUAUUGGAUGGAAUUACUGGGCUUGUUGGGCUAUUAUCGUUGCAAGUGAAUUGACAGCACUUCCUUUGGUUAUGAAUUUCUGGACUGAAAAAGUACCUUCCUGGGCUUGGUCGGGGAUUUGGCUUAUCGUAAUCUUUGUUCUCAACCUGUUUGGUGCUCGAAGCUAUGGUGAAGCUGAGUACUGGUUCAGUGUGAUUAAAAUUCUUGCUGUACUUAUCUUUAUUAUUGUUGGCUGUUUUACAUCUGGUGGUGUUAUUGGUGACGAAGUAUAUGGCUUCAAGUACUGGGUCUCUCCUGGUGCAUUUACCAAUGGUGCUCUUGGAGUUGUAAAUGCAUUUGUUUUGGCCUCUUUCAGUAUGCAGGGUACCGAAAUUGUUGGUAUCACUGCUGGUGAAUGUGGAAACCCUCGAAAGGAAGUACCUCGGGCUAUUCGAAAUGUGUUCUGGCUCUUUGUCAUGGGCAUGAUAGUACCUUCUAAUGAUCCUCGAAACUUGGAUAGUAGCAGUGGAACAGCUACAGUUUCCCCGUUUACUAUUGUAUUUCAAAAGAGCGGAAUUUCCGGUAUCACCCACAUUAUGAAUGCGGUUAUUCUGAUUACUGUUCUAUCUUGUGCGAAUAGUGGAAUGUAUGUAGCUAGUCGUACACUUUGCGCUCUUUCCCAGGAGGGGUUAGCCCCACGCAAACUUGCCCAUAUUACAAAUCGUGGUGUCCCAAUAUACGCUCUUCUUUGUACUGCUUUUAUUAGUUUGAUUACCUUUGCCACAUCAUUUAUCCCUGGAAAGGCUCUCUUCAUUGUCCUUACCAAGCUUUCUGGUGUAGCUGGUUUUGUCACAUGGGGUGGUAUCUCAUUUGCUCACUAUCGUUUCCGCAAGGCUUACAUUUCCCAGGGUCGUAAACUGUCUGAUUUGCCUUUCGUUGCUCCUUGUUAUCCAUUUGGUGACAUAUUUGGAAUGAUCGCAUGUAUAGUCAUUGCUCUGAUGGCUGGUUAUUCCUACUUCUCUCCUGCAAGUGCAGUCGGUCUAAUCGGUAACUACGCCGGUCUUAUUCUCUGUGCGGCUGGGUUCAUUACUACCAAGCUUUGGACUAAAUCAAAGAUGGUUCCAAUCGAUCAAAUUGAUCUUGAUACCGGGCGCAUGGAUAUGGACUACUCUAGUUUUGAGGACGAGCCUGAAGUUACUGGUCCAUGGUACAAGCGUUGGGGUGCCAAGCUUAUUGCUAUUAUUACUUAAUUACCUUUUACAUUAAUGCUUCUGUCAUAUUUACUAUUUUCUUUUUCUUUUUUAUCCUUUAUUCAAUGUGUAUGUAUAAUUAUUUCUCCUCUUUGUAAAAACAAAAGCAAAAUAUUACAAAAAUAAUUAAUAUUUUAAUGAAUAUAUAUAAAAAACAUAUAGCUCUGUAAUUAGUAUAUUAUCUCUAUAACUUUUUUAUUGGACAGGACCUAAAAUGUCUAUUCAAAUUAAAAUAUUGCCAUUCACCAGUGU